AUGACAGCUGAUUCACCCACCAUGGCUGCCAAUGGGCAAGCCGACGCUCCUCUCAAAUCCAAGGACUUCGACUACUCCGCUCCUCCCCCCUUCACCUUGUCGGAUCUACGCAAGAAGGGAUCCCAUUUCGACCCCAAGUGCGACCUGUUCACGGAGGCCGAAUACAACGACGUUGUCACCUCGGCAACGUGGUGGUGGGGCAUGGUCGCUCUCUUGGCCGCUCUCUCGGUCACGUUCGGGCCCCUCGUCAUGUUCAAGCUCUACUUCAUGCCGUACUGGAUUAAUGUGAUGUGGCUCGACCUGGUCACCUACCUUCAUCACCAUGGAUACAACAAGAAGGUUCCGUGGUACAGGGGGAAGGAAUGGUCGUACCUGAGGGGAGGCCUAUCAACUAUUGAUAGAGACUACGGGAUGUUCAACAAGAUUCACCAUGACAUUGGAACGCACGUGGUGCAUCAUCUGUUUCCCCAAAUUCCCCACUACAACCUGACAGAAGCAACGGCGGCCAUCAAGCCUAUUCUUGGAAACUACUACCGCGAACCAGAGCCAUGCAAGGGCCCCUUCCCUUACCAUCUUCUAGAGCCUUUGGUAAAGUCUUUUGGUGAGGACCACUUUGUGGCGUCUGAGGGAGAUAUCGUCUUCUACCAGAAGAGCCAUGAGCUGUAA